AUGGACAUCAAUUCACUUCUUUCUCCCUCCGACAAUACUCGCGCCAGUUCGCUCACUCCUUCAACUGGCACCCCCAGUCUGACGCAUUCGAAUUCGAAUUCGAAUUCGCUCUCGCAGUCGCAGUCACAGCCACAGUCGCCAUUCAGACAUGUUCAGAGAACGCAGUCUGGGACCGCAGGUUUGGUGAAUUCGCCCUUAGGUCGUUCUGUUCAACCACCAUCGAGCAUUCCCGCCCAUGUCAGAAGUCCGGCCCAGCAGACUCCGCACUCGUCGCCGCUCAUCAGCCCCGUCCCUGCCGGCACCGCAUCUGCUCAUUUGCCUCGAUCCUCUUCCACACCCACCAUGGAGAGCCUGGCGGACUUCAAUGCAUCCAAGCCCAGUCUAACCAGCCGCGAAUCAACCGACAGCCAAAAAUCAUCGUCGGGUCUCUUCCCUCACCUCACAUCAGCCGGAGCGACCUCAAAACCUCGCGCAUCCAUAGACAUUAACAUGGUUGAGACCCCGCAAACAGUAAUAAGAGCAGACUACACUGAUACUUCUCUCCCCGUGGAGGCGCAACAAAGACUGGCUGUGCUGGCUGCACACAUUCAAGAAACCCCGUCGUCGUAUGAAGCCCACAAGGAGAUCAUCAAAAUCUUGCAUCAAGGCUUUGUCGACCACAUCUAUCCCUCCUCCAGUCCGAACGCUCAUGGAGAUCCUCGAAAAUAUGACCUCCUUGCUGACCUUCGGCGAGCUCGUGAGAACUUGGACAAGCUCUUUGCGGUUGGCGAGGAACAGUGGCUGGAUUGGCUUCAAGAUGAGAGUAUUCUUGCACAAACGGCGGACGAGCGAGUGGCGGUCGUGGACAAGUGUCGGCGGGCAGUCACGGAGGAGUACGGCAGCACACGACUGUGGCUGACUUACGGAGACUGGGUCUCGUACUGCCACAAAUGGGCCCUCGACUCAACUGGAGACGCGCAGGGCGAUGUCGACACCGAACGUUUGAUUGGCCGCGAAGUUUUCGACUGGAGUAUUGUCUUGGAUACAUGGUCUGAAGCCGUCGAACGGACAAAGCAUGACAUGAGCCGUAGUCACGAAGUUUGGGACAAGUACCUGGCUGUCCGGUUUGGCGACGUCAGCCAAAAAUUGCCAUCACGCGAUGCCACCACUGUUCUUGAACUGUUCGAAUCCCGUUUACGCAUACCACAUGCUGAAUGGCAGCAGACUUUCCAGGCAUUCUCAAGUUUUGUCUCUGCCAAUAUACCAGCAGAUCAAUACGAGGAAAUCAUGGCGUCCAACCUCAGAGACUCAGCCGACGCCAAAAAGAUAUGGAAUGACAGAGAUACAUUAGAGAUGAGUUUGCUGGAACCCCAAACCGCUGGGGACACUGCUACUGAAUACCAAGUUUUCUCGAAAUAUAUCGAGUGGGAGCGUGCGGAGGAGAACAAGCCACAGACACAACGAAAAGGUAGAGGCAAAAAAGCGCAGGAGGUUCGAAAUCCGUACUUCGAUCUGGUCGACGCUCUUUACGAACGUGCGGAACUUCGCUUCCCUUCAGUGCCUGCGAUCUGGGAAGAGCACAUCGAUUAUCUGAUCGAGAAGUCGAAGGCGGGCUUGUUGGACGUCCUGGCUCGAGCCACAAAACACUGCCCGUGGUCUGGGUCGCUGUGGAAACAGUACAUGUUGACCUCCGAACUUGCGGAAGAGCCAUUCGAUGAAACCGAGAAGAUCAAGCACAAGGCCACCAGCACCGGACUUUUGGACGCUGCCGGCAUCGAGGAGGCUCUCGUCGUCCACGAUGCGUGGUGUGGAUAUCUCCUACGGCGGACUAAACGUCCUGAUGCUAUUGAAGAAGAUGCUGAUGUCGCGGAAAUGGGAAUCCGGUCGUCCAUCGAGGCAGUGCAUAGCCUUGCUUCGAAGUUGGGAAUUGGAAGCGCAUAUGAUCCUUCCUUCCGGCUACAACGAAAAUAUGUCGAAUAUCUUAAGUCCCAGAACCGACUCGACAAUGCAGGGGCCCAAUUCAACGAUGCAGUGGCUGACUACGGCAAGUAUUACAAAUUCUGGCUGCGAUAUUAUGAGUUUGAAAUGCAGAAAUCCAUGCAAGUUGCGCUACUCCAACGAUCAAGGCCCGACCGACUGGACACUCUGUCUUCUGCCCCUUUCGCUGUGGGAGUUCUAAAGCAGGGGCUUCAGCAACCUGGUCUAGACUACCCAGAACCACUCAUGGAAGCGUUGUUGAAUCACUGCGAGGACUAUGAGGAUGCAGAUGAACUGCAGAGCGCCAUAAGCUUGGUACGGAAAGUCCAGAAGGAGCUCACGGCGCGGCGACAACGAGAAGUCCUUCAAGCAGCAGAGGUCGCGGCGCAAAAAGAACAAGCCGAAGAAGAAGUCGCUAGUCGGACACAAGAGGUCGCUAAUGGUCUUCACAUUGGGAAGCGCAAACGAGACGAAGAGUCGGAAGAAGAAGAGGCAAAGAAAAGGCAGCGGAAUGAAGAGACUGCAGCACCGUCAAUUGAACCCGAUCGGCCUCCAGCCGAAGAACUGAAACGCGAUCGGGAGCACGCCAGCGUGCUUGUGCAGAACAUACCACCCAACGUCACUGAAACCAAGAUCCGGCAGUAUUUCAGCAGUUGCGGAAGCGUCAAGCAGGUGAAGCUUUUACAGGACGAGGAGAACAGUGUCAUUGUGGAAUUUGAAGAUGCCGAUGCCGCUUCUUUCGCCCUCUCCCGAGAUGGGCGCGAAUUUGAAGGCGCUGAGCUCUCCAUUAUUCUCAACACUGGAUCGACGUUGUUUGUCACGAAUUACCUUGCUGCCGCCGACGAGUCGUACAUCCGCAACCUGUUCCGAUCCUACGGGGAGAUUGUUAACGUUCGCUUCCCUUCUCUUCAACGCAACAAGAAACGAAGGUUCUGUUACGUCGAGUUCAAGCGGCCUUCGGAAGCGCAGGCUGCGACCGAGCUCGACAACAAAGACAUUGACGGGCUGAAAUUGGUCGCAAAAAUCUCCAAUCCGACAGUACGGCAGCCAAGAAAGGAGCGGAGUAGCGAUGGACGAACGAUCUUUGUUGGUCACCUACCAUUCAAGGCGACCGCCGAGGAUGUCGAAAAGCAUUUCACCAAGUAUGGAGCCAUCGAGCAGCUCAGACUACCCAAGGAUCAGAAAAACAGCUCUCGAAACCGGGGCAUUGCUUUUCUGACAUUCGCCAAUGCAGGGGAGGCACAGGCUGCCUUGUCCAUGCACGGCGUGGAGUUCCAGGGCCGGAAACUCACCGUCAAUAUAUCUGAAGGUGACAGCCGACCAGCCAAAAGCAUCAACGGGCGGUCGAAAUCUCCCUCACUGCCGCCGGACACCGCAUCUGAUACCACAAGUGUAACAAAAACUGUGGAUCAGGACACCAUAGAGAGCCGGCGUCAACGGACUGUUGUCAUUUGCGACGUGCCUGAUAUUGUGAAUGAAAGCCGUAUCAAGGCCGUGGCAGAGAAGAUCGCCCCGGUGCGCAAGGUGAUCCUCAAGACCAACCACCAAGGGGCUUUUAUUGAGUUUGAGAGUAUCCCAGACGCUGGGCGAGCGAUGAUAGAGCUCGACAACCUGGAAAUUACCCCCGGCCGCCACAUCCGUGUCACCACCGAGAAGGACAUGUUGCAGCAAGAGCGGGAGCACAAGACAGAUCAAUUUGCCCGACGCCCUGCUCCGAACGCUGUUACGCCUGCCAAUGGGCCGGUCCGACGUCCUGCACAGCCAGGUGUUCGGAGAAAGGGAGGACAUCUGGGUCAGAGGUCAAGCGCUUUGCACGGGUCGAAUGAGAAGGAGAGCUCGAGUGCCGACACAGAGAAAGAAAGCGGAAAGAAGACGAACGAAGACUUCCGGAACAUGAUCAACCCGAGUUAA